AUGUCCCAAUUAACCUCAUUACCAACCGAACUCCUGCUCUCAAUCGCCGAAUCCCUCUCCAGCCAAAAGGACCUGAGCGCCCUCGUCCAAACAACAAAACGCACACACACAGCCCUCCAACUCUACCUAUACAAAACCAACAUCCAAAACCACAACCAAAGCGCCCUCCUCUGGGCCGCCAAACACGGCCACACAGCCCUAACCCAAAAAAUGCUGAACGCAGGCGCCAGAAUAAGCACCCUCAACUCAAGCCACAACCCCACCAACCCGAUAGAGGGGAAUGCCAUCGCGCUCGCAACCAGCGGCCCACACGUAGAAACCCUCGCCUGUCUACUAUCCGAGAAAAGACCGGGCCAAGCAUGCGAUCCGACCCAGCUACGCGAUGCACUCCGCGAAGGCGCGAUCCCGGCGCAUAGUCUCGAGGCAGCAAAAUUGCUCCUUCAGUAUAAGGCUCCGCUAGAACCCGCAAAUACCCUUCAGUCCUACCUUUCCGCUCUUGGAGCAGCUGUUGCUGCAAGCUGGGCUGAUAUCAUACCUUUUUUAUUAGAGGCUGGUGCUUGUCCCGGAAUGUACGAGAUACCAACACCGCUAGAGUGCGCGAUUCGGACGAACCAGCCGGAGGUUGUGGAGAUGUUACUUGGGGCUGGGAUGCGGCUUACAGAUGAUGCGGCGUUGUGUGUUAUUGCGGAGCAGAAUAAUCAGAGGUUAUUGAGGGUGUUUGUUGAGGCGGGAUUGGAGGUUGGGAUGUGUUGGCAGGGGGCGUUAUUUGCGGCUGUUAUGAAAGGACAGACUGAGAUGGUGGCUUUGUUAAUUGAGAUGGGGGCGAACCCGCAUUUAACACAUGAUGUGGUUCUGUUGACUUUUCAGACUCCGCGAUAUAGUACUAUUGGGUUUGCGGUGAGGUUUGGACAUUUGGGUGUUUUGAAGCUGUUGCUUGAAACGGGGGUUCGUGCUGAACAGAGUGAUCUUGAUUUGGCGCGGGAACAGAUCUUUGAAGAGGCGGUAGCUCUUUUGGAGGGAUGUGAUUUUGAGGACCUGCCGAAGAAGGAGAAUGUGCGUGAAUUUGUUGAAAGGAAGGUUCGAAAGAGACGGGUUACGGAGCCUAGGUAUGAGGAUCUUACGAUGCAAGGUACGCUUUGUCCUGAUAUGGGGCUACGGCUAUGGAUGGAGGAUAGUGUGCGACGUAGUCGUACUCGUAAUUUGCGGGUGAAUGAUGGGGUUAUCUCAAGUAUUCCUUAA